CAGUUCCUUCUUUCUUUCUCUUCUCCCAUGUUGCUGCAUGUAUUAGGAGGGGUACUUGCUAUUGUCACUGUGGCUAUAGCGCAGCAGGUUUGCAAUGGCGAUGCUUCAUUGUGUAGCAAGCCAUACAACCAAGUGUCGUAUUUGACCACCCACAACUCUUAUGCAUCCAUGCCUAACGUUGCGCAAAAUCAGCAUUACGACGUAAACACGCAAUUGAAGGAUGGUAUUCGUGGUCUAAAGCUCUCAGCCUUGAAAUUUCAAAAUUACACUGGUGUCGAGCUUUGUCACAGUGCCUGCGCCAUACUGGAUGCCGGGCCUGCUCAUAAUACAUUGAACACCAUUGCCUCAUGGCUCAAAGACAAUCCUAAUGAAGUUGUCAGCAUCAUGUGGAACAAUCUUGGCAACUUUAAAGCGACUGAUCUGCAGGCCGAGUAUCAACAAGUCUCAGGAAUCAUGGAUCUCCUUUAUGUCCAGCCCGCCAAUAAUCUGACCUGGCCGACCUUAUCGGACAUGAUUAGUUCUGGUAAACGACUUGUUAAUUAUAUGGACGUUGGAGCCGACCAGACUCAAGUACCAUGGCUACAUGAUCAAUUCAGUUACAUCUUUGAAACGCCUUACGAAAAUCACAAUGACAAUCAAUUCAACUGUCAAAUCGAUCGUCCGCAGGAUCCCUCUAAUGCAGACGAGAUGAUGUACGUCAUGAACCACUUCUUGUAUGGUUCCUUGAAAAUUGGGUCCUUGCCCGUUGACCUUCCACAGCCUUCUCUUGCCAAUAACACCAACGGCCAAACGCUCCAAAACCACGCAGAUAACUGCACAAAUAUCUUCCAUCGUCCACCGAACUUUAUUGAAAUCGAUUUUUACGAGUCGGGUACAACUUUUCAGGUGAUAGACAAGCUGAAUAAUAUCAAUUACACGCCAAAGACGUUGGGAGAUGGAAGCAACAAUCAGAAGAGCGUUAACGGAACCACCAGCAGCAGCGGUACUGACUCUUUUGAUGAAGUGGCACUUAAUACGGCUGCUGCACUUGCAUUUGUAGCCAUUGCCAUUACCAUUUUGUGUUAACACAGACACAAGCAAACAUUUUGAUUUUAUAUCAUUUUAUACACCUCUCACAUAUAACAAUUUUUUUCUCAUUCCCUGUCCACCAUCUUUUGGAACAAACUGUAUAUCCUUUUCUUUGGUCAUUUUUCUUCUCUGGAAAUACACCACUGUAUAAUAAACUCAAAAGAACAAUGAUAAAUACUA